AUGGCUGGCGGGCAAAAAGCUGGCGACGUCAACUCUCAAGCCGUCAUGGCAGCUUCAGAGUUCCUACAGGCAAGGUGGCGGCAGGCGUUGAAGGGCGCGCUGUUCGUGACUGGCAGUGCCUCGCUCGCACUGCUGGGCAAGCAGAGCGUUCGAUGCGAUGCCGGACGCAGCGCGGCGGCAUGGAAUGCGAAGAAGACACCACAGACGGCGGAAGAAUCUGCACUGGACAAGCUGAUCAAGAAUAGUAUAAACAAUGCCGGAGAGAAGGAGGAAAAGAAGGCGGACGAGGACGCAAUGUCAGCGUGGGAGACGAUGACGGACAGGCUCGGGACUGCUGAGGGCUACUUCAGCUCGUCUGACUGGAGUGCAGACUGGUCGGCUGUCUUCAAGGACUACAUCUCGCCCGGGUGGACGUUUUUCUCACCAGAGAUACUUCGAAACCUGCAGCGCGAGCUCUCGAUGGCUCCUGGGUCGGUGGCUGACGACGUGUGGAAGGAAGCCUGUGAUCCCAGCUUCAACCCGAGCAUUGUCGAGGAAGCAAACGUGAGGAUAGGAGAUACCCUGUGUCCGGAGGAGGAGUCCUUUCUUGCAGACCGCCGUAAGGUCGUUGCCAGGAACCUCGCAUCUUACCUGGGGCUGCCGGAGGACCAGGUGCAUCCAGACGAUGUGCCUGUUAUCGCCAUGUGUGCGUCUGGAGGCGGCCUGCGAGCUCUCAUCGCCGGUACGGGGUCAUAUAUGGCUGCAAAGGAGGCUGGGCUCUGGGACUGCUUGACGUAUACUGCCGGCGUGAGCGGUUCAUGCUGGCUGCAGACGCUGUUCAACUCGUCUAUCGGCGGCCAGGACUUUGGCAAGAUGAUUAACCAUCUCAAGGCAAGGCUUCACACGCACAUAGCCUUCCCUCCCGAGGCCCUCGAUAUCCUGACUACCUCGCCUACGAACAAGUACCUUCUACGGGGCGUGAUUGAGAAGCUAAAGGGAGACCCCAAGGCCGAUUUUGGCCUCGUCGAUGUAUACGGGAUACUGCUGGCAGCAAGGCUCAUGGUGCCCCAGGAUACGGCUGCCCUGACCGACAGUGACCUACAGCUGUCUAGCCAACGUGCAGUAGUCAAAGGUGGGGCGAAUCCGAUGCCAAUCUAUACGGCGGUUCGACAUGAGAUACCAAAGCCGUCUCAGAUGGACGCCUCCGAAGAUGAACUCGAGGAGAUCUCUAGACGGGAAAGCUGGUUCCAGUGGUUCGAGUUUACCCCUUACGAACUGUUCUGUGAAGAAUUCGCCGCUGGCAUUCCUACAUGGGCUGUGGGGAGGAACUUCAUGAACGGGAAGGGUGUGGCCGCGCCUCAUGGAUACGCCGUCCCUGAACUACGAGUUCCCGCCCUCAUGGGGGUCUGGGGAAGUGCCUUUUGUGCCACACUUGCUCACUACUACAAGGAAAUCCGGCCAGCGUUCAUGGGCCUUGCUGGUUUCAGCAGCAUCGAUGCCCUUAUCGAGGGUAAAAGCGAGGACCUCACCCGCGUUCACCCUAUCGACCCUGCAACAGUACCCAACUUCGUCUUGGGGUUGGAAGGUAAACUGCCUGAUUCAUGUCCCGCCUCUGUCUUUCAGGACUCGCAUCUACGACUAAUGGAUGCUGGUAUGAGUAACAACCUGCCCAUCUACCCGCUACUUCGGCCAGGCCGCAACGUCGAUCUCAUCGUUGCAUUCGACGUCUCAGCCGACAGCAAAGAAGCGAACUGGCUCUCUGUGGUUGACGGUUACGCUCAUCAACGUGGUAUCAAGGGGUGGCCCAUCGGCGCUGGAUGGCCAAAAUCGAACGCAACCCCCCAGGAAACAGCAGAUAUCAUCGCCGAGGAAAGCCAGACAACAAAGGAAGAAGCAGACAGAAAAGUCGCCUCUGCACAGGAAGCGAGCAAAGCACGCACUCGAGACUCUAGUGGAAAUGACCCCGACCUGACCUUCUGCAACAUCUGGCUCGGUACCACGGAGGAAAGCAUAUCGUCCGCUGAAUCCCCGCCGUCCAAACGGCUGUUCCAUGCAUCAACAACAAAUGAGGAAGAGUCCGAGUAUCAUCUCACGCAGCCUCACGCUGGUAUUGCCGUUGCUUAUUUCCCCCUUCUGCCCAAUCCCGCAUGCCUUGCUCUCCCUAACCCAGACAAGGAUGAGAAGGACGGCGAACGCAAGAUCCUCAACCCGCUAGAGGAAGACUACCUGAGUACGUGGAACUUCAUCUAUACCGCAGAACAGAUCGAUUCCGCCGUCCACCUCGCAAAGUCGAAUUUCGCCGAGGGCGAGGAUCAGUUGAAGCGGGUGGUCAGGGGGAUCUAUGAGCGGAAGAAGAGAGAACGACUUCAGCGUGAGAUGGAUGGGGCCAGAGUGAGUGCAAGCUAUUUGGCAUAG